UAAAGUUGUUGCUGCCUGCUGGGAUGUUCUUGUGCAUCGGCACGUCCCCAGAAAGCGUUAAUGAAAAAGCUAACUAAGUGAACGAUUAUAAGUUUCCUGUUUCACCAACAACAACAACAACAAAUCAACAACGAUUCCAAGGAGCGUCAAUUUGGAUUCAACCAAAACGUUAUUCAUACUCGACUGCAAUCAGUUGAAGAUCUCAACACAUUCUGGUUAAUAAAUAGCAGCGCGCAAAGAGAAUGGCAUCGCUGAAAACGCCUUUAAUUGCCUAACUGUUUGUUGGGAGAAUCACAGUUUGCAUGCAUCGAGUGAUUGCAUAAGAUAUAACCACAUUAUUAUAGACAUUAAUUGACAGCAAAACCAUCGAGAUGAGCAAACUCCAGGUGAUCGUUCAUCCCGUGAAGAAGGAGUUCCAGCGCAAAAGCUGUGGCUUCGACCACGACACACCCGAUGACUUCGUCAAGUCACAGUGGCAAACAUGCUCAAAGAGUAUGGCUUAUUUAUUUUAUCGCUGGUUCAUGGCCCUGUUCUUUGUGAUCGUUGUUAUCACCUCAAUGUGGCCAGAAGCAGAUGAUGAGAGCAGCUACUGGCUGUACUUCAUCUACAUGACCAACUGGGGCAUAUGGAUGUGUAUGCUGACGACUUUGGGAGCAGUACUAGUCACCAUUUGGCACUAUCAUCCAGAAUCUGCCGAUAAACUCUUGAAUAUCAAGAGCUCCUUUAGCUAUUGAGUCUACUGGGGCAUGCACAUCAUAUCUCUGGUCUUAUCUAUUGUCAUCACCAUUAUCUACUGGGGGAUUCUGUACGAUGCUAAUGAGAAUAACUUGGAUGCCACAAAUGUGCUCACUCACGCCUUUAAUUCGAUCUGCAUGUUUAUCGAUCUGUGGAUUGUGGCACAUCCCAUGAGGCUGUUGCACAUAUUUCUGCCAGUAUUAUUUGGCAUUGUCUUUGCCAUAUUCUACAUUUAUCACUUGUGCGGAGGCAUUAACAAGAAAGGAAAACGCUACAUCUAUCAUGUGAUUGAUUGGAGUCAACCGGAGAGUUCCUUUGUCACAGUUGUGGGUGUGCUCAUCCUGUCGUGUUUCAUCUAUGUCCUGCUCUUUGUAUUCUUCAAACUACGAUUAUUCCUACAUCGAAGAUGUCGCAGCAACUUUGUUUUACCCACAAGCAGUGGAAAAGCUGGACAGGAUGGGAAAACCGGAAAUGGAAUACAGCAUUCGCCGUCACGCAUUUCCAUGGUGCUAGGCAACUUUGCCGGAUACGAGAAUCAGGCUUACUCCGCCAGUGGAGAGGUUUCCAACAAGAGUUAGAUCUUAGUUAGACCUUAACAAUUAGUCACAAUUUCAACUGUAGGAUUAUGACCAGUGAUAUUAUAUUUUAUUGAUUCGAGUUAAGUGAAUAAAUUCGUUCUGUGGAAUGCUUUGAAGGU